UCCACAUCUCCAGACAGUCCGACCGACACACCGAAUCCGACUUUACGCACAGGAGGGGGCGGCCCCGGUGGCGCGUAUUCGUCUGCUAACGGCUGAAAGUUACACAGAGGGUCUCACUUUAAUGGGUGACGCGCUGAAAAAGACUUUUGGAAAAGCUAAAAGGAAACUUACCAUCGUCUUUUAAACCGGACGCGGUGCAGUUUCUCGUUUGUGUAAGAGACUGAUUCCUUAACUCAGCGCGCAACUGUUUCUUAAUUAAGUGUCGAAGGAAUCACUCGUCUGUGGUCUGCGCUAUUAGUACUCUUCUCUGAGAAAUUAAAUAAGUGAAGUUAAAUCAUGCUACCCGGGCGUUUGAAGGCAGUCUGAAUCGUUUGAAUCAGGCUUCAAUUUCGGAGCAUGGUCCGAUAAUUGGAAGACAGAGAGAGACAGAAAGUAAGAAUUAAAGAGCUGAAAAAGACAUUUGGGACACUUUGAGCUGCGUCUGUGGGAACAUCUGCCUCCCCACGUCCAGGUGCCCCGCCGAGCGGUGCGGAGUCUCCAGCUCAGGCCGGCAGCGCUGACAUGCUGCCCAAAGUCGAGACUGAAUCCCUGGGACUCGCUCGAUCGUAUGGAGAACAACGGCGCAUGCCAAGGAAUAUGCAAGCGCACCAGCUAAAAAUGAUGGACUACUCCUAUGACGAAGACUUGGACGAGAUGUGUCCCGUGUGCGGAGACAAGGUUUCGGGGUAUCACUACGGACUACUGACCUGCGAGAGCUGCAAGGGCUUCUUCAAGCGCACCGUCCAGAACAACAAGCGCUACACAUGUAUAGAGAACCAGAGCUGCCAGAUUGACAAGACCCAGAGGAAGCGCUGCCCGUACUGCCGCUUCCAGAAGUGCCUCACCGUCGGCAUGAAGCUAGAAGCUGUGCGAGCGGACCGCAUGCGUGGCGGUCGCAACAAGUUCGGCCCGAUGUACAAACGUGACCGGGCCCUCAAGCAGCAGAAGAAGGCGCUGAUCCGAGCCAACGGCCUGAAGAUUGAGGCCAUGACUCAGGUGAUGCAAGCCGUUCCCACCGACCUCACCAUCUCCUCAGCCAUCCAGAACAUCCACUCGGCCGCAUCCAAGGGCCUUCCACUGAGCCACCACCCCGGCCACCACGCCAGCCAUCACCACCACCACCACCACCACGCCACCGCCCUGCCCCCCACAGACUACGACCGCAGCCCGUUUGUCACUUCGCCGGUCAGCAUGACAAUGCCACCACAUGCCGGCAGCUUGCAGGGCUACCAGGCGGCCUACGGACACUUCCAGGGCACGCGUACCAUCAAGUCCGAAUACCCAGACCCGUACACCAGCUCGCCGGAGUCCAUCAUGGGCUACGCCUACGUCGAUGCCUACCAGACAGGCUCGCCGCCCAGCUUCCCUCACUUGAUCGUAGAGCUGCUCAAGUGUGAGCCAGAUGAGCCACAGGUUCAGGCCAAGAUCAUGGCCUACCUGCAGCAGGAGCAGGCCAGCCGAGGCAAACACGAGAAGCUCAACACCUUCGGCCUCAUGUGCAAGAUGGCUGACCAGACACUCUUCUCCAUUGUGGAGUGGGCACGAAGCAGCAUCUUCUUCCGUGAACUCAAGGUGGACGACCAGAUGAAGCUGCUGCAGAACUGCUGGAGCGAACUCCUCAUCCUCGACCACGUCUUCCGGCAGGUGAUGCACGCUAAGGAGGGCUCCAUCCUAUUGGUCACUGGUCAGCAGGUGGACUAUGCAGUGAUUGCUUCACAGGCGGGAGCCACUCUCAACAACCUGUUGAGCCACGCCCAGGAGCUGGUGGCCAAGCUACGCUCCCUGCAGCUGGACCAACGGGAGUUCGUCUGCCUCAAGUUCCUGGUCCUAUUCAGCCUUGAUGUGAAGAACCUGGAGAACUUCCACCUGGUAGAAAGCGUCCAGGAGCAGGUCAACGCGGCGCUUCUGGACUACGUCAUGUGUAAUUACCCGCAGCAAACAGACAAGUUUGGCCAGCUGCUCCUCCGGCUGCCAGAGAUCCGAGCCAUCAGCCUGCAGGCUGAAGAAUACCUUUACUACAAACACCUGAACGGCGACGUGCCCUGCAACAACCUGCUCAUUGAAAUGCUUCACGCCAAGAGAGCUUAAGAGGGGACUGUGCUACCCACAAUGCAGCUGUGCAGACACCCUGAGAGAGUUUUGCUGCAGCCAAAAAAAACUCCAAAUAACUGAACCUCCAGCUCAGACUGGACUGAGUGAUGACCUGGAGGAUGGAGAGCAGAGAGUGUUAGUAACUCUUGUUUAUAUUAAGCUCAUUCUGAUGAGAUUUGGACACAUGCAAAGAGACAGAUAAUGUGCACACACAAACAGCAUAUGGAUCCCUUUAUUCUAAAAAAAAAAAAAACAAGUCUAAAAGAAGAGCCGCUUCUCAACUACACAGACAAAGACAAUUUUGAAAGGAAAAAAGAAAAACACUUGAAGCAAAUACUGCAUUUGGCACGAGAUGGCAUCUAAUCUUCUGCAGGAGCACAGACUAUGAAGACUGGCAGGCUGCAACUUAGAGAAUUAACAACCUUUGAGUGUUUUAGCGCUGUUGACAUUGUGAGGCUUCUGGUGCUGAGAAAGGAAGCUGAGUGCCACCAGCCAUCUUUGUGACAGCUUUGUGACUAAAGCGGUGGCUUCUUUUGGACGAUGAUCCUCCGGUGCGCUCUUUCACUGAAACCAGCUUUCAGCUGUCGUUGGUACUGUACAGACAAAACGGAGACGCAGUCAUCCAGGCCAGAGACUCUCACUUACCGUCACAUCUGUUUUUUGAACUCACAAAAGACGCCUGCCACGGCAGCUUGAUCUGACUGAGAAGGAAGAACUGACGGUCUAAAAAAUAAACGUCUAAAAAAGGAACAUUCUUUAAUGAACAAAAUUAUAAAUAGGCCAAUAUGAAGAAAAAUAAGAUGUUUUUUUUCUCUUGUAAUGAAAGUCAUUUGCUCCUCAUGGUCACCUUGUGGUUCCCAUUUCUUAUUCCUCCUUCCCGAAUCAUCUUAAACUAUGUACCUCAGAAAGACCAGUGUUAAAUAAAUUCAAUUAAUAAUGUCAGCUGAAACAAUUGUAUUUAUAGCCCUUUUUUCCGUCAAAAAACUCCCUUUUUAUUAUUUCAUUACAACUGGAACAAAACAAAGUGUGAUUCUGGAGACGGAGAAGGAUCGACCCUGCCUUUGUCCAGAAAGACCAAAGCCUGCUGCAGAACAGAAGAAGAAAAUUACAAAAACCUUAAUAAUCAGUAUUAUAAGAGAAAAAAAAAAAGAUUUGUGAUGUCACAGUUAUGUGAGUCUUGCCUUAUUUCAUUACCAUGCUAGCUAACCGUGCAGAUGUGAAUGAAAAUAUGUACAAAUAUAUAUAUAAAGUAUUAAUGUUGUAAAAAUUUAAAAAAGAAUAAUUCAACAGGUGUUUACAUUCAUGUGGUCAUAUGGGAGAGAACUGUGAUGAAGCAUAAAUUGCAAAGCAAUGAUUUCCUAAAAAAUGAAAUCAAUGAAAUGAAAAAAAAAAAAGAUCCCUCUGGUUUGCUUUCUUUGGUGUGUGUACAGUGUUUUAUUUUUUAUUUGUUUUGAGCAGUACUUAAAUUAUGUCGUGAGACACUAAAAUCAAAAAGGAAUCACACUUAAAAUAUUAAUUUCUAUCUGUGUCUGCUGGCAUUCAAACAUUUGUUUCUUAAGCAUUGCUGUAUAAGGGUUCCGUUUCACUUUCAACCUUUUUUUGUAGACUUUUUUUCUCCUUUUUUUAUUUACAGUGCUUUUACCUUUUUGAUGUACAGUAUGUCACUGGUUACGCUUAAUAAUGAAGAUAAUUUAUUGCGUCUCUGGGUUUCCAUCUUUGUGUUACAUGACGUGAGGUGUCUGCGCCAGAAUAAAUUUGUUUACUGUA